UUGAGUUGUUGUAGAGUUAUUCAAAGAGAAGAAAUCUAAUUUUUCUUUUUUUUUUUCGGGGGGGCGGGGGGAACAUUAAUAACGUUUGGGUUUUUUCCCUACAUUCUCAUGGAUAGUCGUGUCAUCCUUUGGGUACUGGAGCUAAUGAAGCUGCUUUAUUUCAGAGUGAAUCCUGCCUGUAUUGUCUUAGAUUUGUGAAUGGAUGAAUAUUUGAAGAGCACUCCUCAAUCUUGCAUCAAAAUGUCCCUGUGCACAUCUUCUCACAAGGACUUUUCUCAGUUGCUGCCACUUCAGGAUAUUGGAUGCAAUAAAACAGAAAUUAAAAAUUCACCUGCUGGUGUCAUCUCUCCAGUUCCUUACAGCUGCAAUCAGUCCACACUGGCAGCAGAACACAGUCCAGUCUACAUUCCCUCAUCUUACAUGGAAAACAGGCACGAAUAUUCCGCAAUGGCAUUCUGCAGCCCUGCUAUGGUGAAUUACAACAUUGCCAGCAGUUUUGGGGAUCCAGAGAGUGUGAGUGCGAGGCAAACCUCCAGCCCCAGUGCGCUGUGGUCUGCUCCUGGCCAUCUGUCCCCUCUGACUCUGCACUGCCAGUCCUCACUGCUGUAUGCAGAGCAGCCCAAGAGCCUGUGGUGCGAGGCACGACCGAUGGAGCCAGUGCUGCCCGGGAGCAGAGAAACAUUAAAAAGAAAAACUAAUGGCAAUGACUGUACAAGCCCAAUUGCAAAUAAUCCAGGCUCAAAAAAGGAUGCCCAUUUCUGUGCAGUCUGCAGUGACUAUGCUUCAGGAUACCACUAUGGGGUCUGGUCCUGCGAAGGCUGCAAAGCAUUUUUUAAAAGAAGCAUUCAAGGACACAACGAUUACAUCUGCCCAGCCACCAAUCAAUGCACAAUAGAUAAAAACAGGCGCAAGAGCUGCCAGGCGUGCCGGCUACGGAAAUGCUACGAAGUGGGGAUGAUGAAGUGUGGCUCAAGAAGAGAACGCUGCGGGUAUCGAAUCCUGCGGAGCCACCGCAACCCCGAGGAGCGGGUGCAUUGCCUGGGCAGAGCCAAGAAAUACAACGAGGCAGCGACGCGGGUGAAGGAGAUCCUGCUGGGCACCGUCAGCCCCGAGCAGUUCGUGCUGACCCUGCUGGAAGCGGAGCCGCCGCACGUGCUGGUCAGCAGGCCCAGCAAACCCUUCACCGAGGCCUCCAUGAUGAUGUCCCUGACAAAGCUGGCAGACAAGGAGCUGGUGCACAUGAUCGGCUGGGCCAAGAAAAUUCCCGGCUUCAUUGAUCUCAGCCUCUAUGACCAAGUAAGACUCUUGGAGAGCUGCUGGAUGGAAGUUCUGAUGAUUGGUUUGAUGUGGAGAUCAAUCGACCACCCGGGGAAACUGAUUUUUGCACCAGACCUUGUUUUAGACAGGGAUGAGGGGAAAUGUGUAGAGGGAAUUUUGGAGAUCUUUGAUAUGCUCCUGGCCAUGACCUCGAGGUUCCGAGAGCUGAAACUGCAGCACAAGGAGUAUCUGUGUGUCAAGGCAAUGAUCCUCCUCAAUUCCAGCAUGUUCCCCUUGUCAGCAGAGGAACCUGAAAGCAACAGGAAACUGCACCACCUGCUCAACGUGGUCACAGAGGCUUUGGUGUGGGUUAUUGCCAAGAGCGGGAUCCCCUCCCAGCAGCAGACAACUCGCCUGGCCAAUUUGCUGAUGCUCCUCUCCCACGUCAGACACGCCAGUAACAAGGGAAUGGAGCAUCUCCUGAGCAUGAAGUGUAAGAACGUGGUGCCAGUGUAUGACCUGCUGCUGGAGAUGUUGAAUGCUCACACUCUCCGAGGGCAAAGGAAGUCCCCGGCCACACACCCUGAGUUUGGCCCACUGGAGCAAAUGGAGCCUGGAGACAGCCUGAGGAAUGGGGCACCCCAAUAAUUGUGUCAAGACCUGGAAAUGUGAGGCUUUUUCAGAGCUGUGGGAGAAAACAGAACUGCUGUGAUGGGGCUGCAGAAGUGUGACCUAGUGUGAGUUCUCAUCCCUUCUGGAUUUGCACAUCGGUGUCUCGGAGAGGCCGCGGGGCGCUCACCUCUGUCUGUAUUUCUGACAUUGCAACAGCUGCACUGCUAUAGUGCCUUUUCUGAGACUCUGCAAAAGCACCUUAUGAAAUCAAGCCUCAGAACAGCACUGUGGGACAGGGAAUUGCUGCCUCUCCUUCUCAGAGGCAGAACUGAGAGGGAGAGGUAAAGGGACAGGUUUGAGAUGGCAGAAGAAGCUUGGAAAAAGCAUGUUGGUCUCUGUCUCCCAGAGCAAGACUUUUAAGCAUUGACUGAACAAUGUCCUCUUUCAGCAUGGGAUGGUGUGAAGUGUAGAACAGCAUCAUUUGGGACAGAUGUACCUCUGUGUGCUGUUCCCUGGGGAAUGCCUGCUCUGUAGCUGAUCUAGAUAAAGUGCCGAGAUACAGACAGUGUGAAGGAGCUUAUUCUCAAAUAUGCAAUGGCUGCAAGGGCCUUCAUUUGAAGGUCAUUUGAAAAAGCUUCUAGGAUCAGUUCAGAGCCUCUGCAGAAAGUUUAAAUUGAUCUUAAGUUUGUAUUUUUUGAGCUUGUUCUCAACACUCACAUUAUUAUCUGCUUAUAUUUCUUCAGUGCUUUAAGCAAUGACGAAAUCGUCUGAAUAUUUCAGUCAAUGCUGACCUUUGAAAUGUGUUUUGUCUGUGAGAUUAUCAUGUUGUUUUAUAUAUUUAUUAAUGAUGUUAAAUCUAUUCUAAUAAUUGGGUACAAGAAGUUGCUCUGUGAAUAUUAACUGUUUGUAUUUGUAUAUGAUCUGCUGAUCAGGCCUUGUGAAACCAGCUAGAAAAAAAAAUCUUCCCACCCCUUUGACUGGUGUGUGGAAUUACAUCCUGCCCACCCAAAACCUCUUGCAGGGGGGUGAGGCACUGGAUGGGAACAUGGAUGGGGAUCUGUUUUUGUCUGCUGCCCUGAGGUUUGCUGCUUGCUUGUUCUCAGCAUGCAUGGCACCUUGUGCUGUGGUCUUCAUAUCUUUAUAGGAGCCCUCAAAGAGCGAGGAUGGGGAUAAUGGUAAAUGUAAAGAUAAUUUAAAGAUGGGGAUAAUGUAAAGCACUACUUUGCUUUGCAAGUGUGAUGACUUGUUUGAAUUACACUGAAGAUGUAGUGAUUUAAACUUCCUUUUUGUGCUGAUUUCUGCAUGUGUUUAAGCUGCACUGAGUUAAAAAAAAAAACCUGAUAAAAAGGCCUGGCUGAUGACCUCAGAGAUUAGCAGGGUGGCAUCAUUUAUUCUGGUAAAUGUCUCUCUACAUGGAAACAUUUAAAUAUAGCACAUGCAUGUUCUGGGCAUUAUGGUGAAAUAAAUUGGUAUCACACCAAAAGUCUAUUUUGAGCCAAGAAGUCUUUUGCAUUAGGGACUUUGAUUAGUAUGCCAUUUGCAUAUUUUGAAUAUUAGUCAAACCAUUAAUCUUGAUGGUUUUUUAAAGCCAAGGACAGUCUUUUUUAUAGGAGGUUUUCAGUGAGUUACACAUCUAUUGUCUGUUUUGAUCUUGUACUAUACCAGAUGCUGCUGCUGAUCUAAAUUUUUACUCUCUGCCUUUUUAUUGUUUUUAAGAAACUGUAAUAUAGCAGUGUCCUUCUAAAGAUGUGUAACAUUUACAAUGAAAAAAAGGAAAAAAAUGUGAGUACAGUCUGGAAUUUAUUAGUACUUUCAUUUUGAGAGAUGUUUUGCUGUGAAACAAACCUGUCUCAGUAUUUCUUGGGCUUGAUUGUUCUGGCCUCAUUGCCUGUUGUCUUGAUCCUUCUCUGAUUUUCCUUAUCCUGUGUAAUCUUUUGGUUUAAUACAGUUUUUUGAGGAAAUGUUUAAGUGAUUUGUUUGUUUGUUUGUUUUGCUUUAAAAGCACUGGAUUUAUGUACCAUCUUGGAACAAACCUUUUGAAAAGAAAAUGGGAAAGACUGGGUAUAAAUAAUGAAAUUACCUUCUAAAUGGAAAUUUGUUGUGGAUUGACUCUGUAAAAGGGAUAUGCUGCAGUUUUGUGCUGUGUGGUGGUGUUCAUAUAUGUUGCUAUUAGUACAGUGCAAAUGGGAAAAUGAUGUGAUUUCAACCUACUUUUUGUCUUGUUCAACAUGAUUUUAUUAAAAGUUAC